AUGGGCCUGCUGGAGCGGCUCAACCGCCCGGCGCUCACGCCGCUGCUCCAGGCCGCGACGAUCACCUACGCGAAGGCGCUGAUGACGUCGAGCCGCAUCGAGAAGGACGCCGGCGAGCGCACGCUGCUGAAGAACCUCGGGCAGUGGCUCGGGCAGCUCACGCUGUCGCGCAACCGCGCCAUCCUCUUCCGCGACCUCGACAUCAAGGGCAUCGUCGUGCAGGCCUACGAGGAGGGCCGCAUGAUCGCCGUCGUGCCGUUCGUGGCCAAGGUCCUCGAGGGCGCCAAGGCGUCGCGCGUCUUCAAGCCCCCCAACCCCUGGACUUGCGCCAUGCUCAACCUGCUGCUCGAGAUCUACAACCUGGACCGCGUGAAGCUGAACAUCCGGUUCGAGAUCGAGCUGCUGCUCAGCAAGGCGUUCGCGAUGACGCCGAUGGACCCGCGGCUCCAGGUGACGUCGCUGCUGCGCAACCGGCCGCGCAUGCAGGAGGGCAACCCGGAUUUCCAGCCCGGGGAGGCCGCGGCGAGCGCGGACGCGGCGCCGCAGCGGCCCGAGGAGCCGUCGCGGUCGGCGCUGAACGCGAUGGAGGGCGCGGCGCCGGCGGCGGUGGCGGGCGCCGACCAGCAGGCGGCCCUGCAGGCGGGGGCGCGCCCGUUCGUGGGGACCAGCCGGCUGUCGGAGAUCGUGGUGAACUGGGCGCAGAUCAACGAGGAGGUCGCGCCCGUCGCGGAGCAGCUCCAGCUGCAGCGCGUCGUGCCCGCGGUGCUGGAGAAGGCCGUUAUGCAGCUGAUGGGCAUCGUCGACCGCUACGUGUCCGUGGCGAGCAUCACCGCGCAGGAGCUCGUCGCGAAGGACUUCGCGCUCGAGGCGGACGAGGCGCGCAUGCGCCAGGCGGCGCACAACAUGGCGACGACCCUGAGCGCCAUGCUGCUGCUGGUCAACUGCCGUGAGGGCCUGCGCGACCACAUCCAGAAGAGCCUGCUCGAGAUGCUGCCGCCGGCGUCGCAGGUGAAGCUGUCGGACGAGUACCUCCAGCGCGUCGUCGUCAUCGUCGUCGACGACAACUACCCGCUGGCGUGCAUGUUGGCGGAGAAAAUGGCGCAGGAAAAGGCCGUGCGCGACAUCGACGCGCGCCUCGACGCGCAGUUCCAGGCGCGCGCGCAGGCCGCCAAGGCCGGCCGCCCCUGGCCCAUGCAGCUGCCCCCCGCCGUCGCCGCGCUGCCGGAGUCCCUGCAGCCCAAGCCCGGUGCGGGGCAGACGCACGUGUACGACGUGUUCCCGGAGCUGCCGCGCAUGGUGCCCAAGAUCGGGCCGAUGGCGCGCGCGGGGCAGGUGCCCGGCGGCGCGGCCGGCGCCGCCGGCGCCGCGAUGCCGCCUGGGGCUGCGCCGAGCGGAGCGACAGGGCAGCGGUCGGUCGCUGAGCCGCCGCCGCUGCCGGCCGCCGUCGCGGAGCGGCUCAAGGUCUGGCGCGCGCAGCUCGAGUCCGCGCUGCACCAGGAGGCCUCCCGCGGGACGAUCACGCCGUUCUGGGACAUGCCGGAGUCGCACGCCGUGCGGCGCAUCGCCGCGCAGGUGCCGACGGUGGUGUCCUCGGGCCCGAACCGCGAGGCCGAGGCGUCCGCUGUCGCGCAGCACAUCUUCCGCGCGCUCUUCGCGAGCAAGCCGCCCGCGACGCCUAUCGAAGUGACGUACGUGCUGGCGAUGGUGGCCGCACUCGACGAGCUGCGCGCCGCGUGCCUCCCGUCGCUCCCGCAGCUCGCCGUGCAGUGGUACGCGAUGCUCGAGGAGCCCCUCCAGCUCAACAAGGAGGCGCUCGAGGCCCUCAUGAUGCUCCGCCUGCUGUCGCUGCGUGAGCUCGACGUCGUGCUCGCCAAGCUCACGACCGCGGGCCGCAUCGACCUCGCCGUCAACGUGCUGCGCGCGACGAUCGUCCGCGACGCGUUCGUCGGCGGCGCCGAGCUCCCCACCUUCCUCGAGACGGUAGCCCAGGUCGCCAACGCCACGCCGGGACCGCAGGGCCCCGCGCUGAUGCAGCUCGUCGAGCAGGCGCGCCGCACGCAGCCGCGCGGCACGGCGCGCGAGCGCGGCGGCCAGGGCGUCCGCCGGCAGCCCGCGCUGCCCACGCAGGACAAGAACGACCCGCCGGGGCUGCGCGACAAGGUGGCGCGGAUCUUCGACGACUGGAUUCGGGCGCUGGACGCGUCGCCCGCGGACCGCACGCAGGCGGCGUUCGUGUCGCAGGUGAAGCAGGCGGGCCUGCUCAACGGCGACGAGCUGACGGACCGUUUCAUCCGCUACCUGAUGGAGCUCUCCAUCGCGCACUGCCUCGGGUCGGAGAUGGCGGCUCCGGGCAUCGGGGCCGGGCAGCUGUCGUUCACGGCGGUGGACGCGUACGUGCGGCUGGUGUGCACGCUCGUGCAGGCGCACGGCGGCGGCGCGCCGCUGCUGGCCAAGGUCCUGUCGGUGAUGGCGGCGGUGCUGCAGCGCGACGCGGACGAGCGCGGCGCCGUCUUCAACGCGCGCCCGUACUUCCGCCUGUGCAUCGGGCUCAUCUCGGAGCUCGCGCCGACCAACCUCAGCGACCCCUCGGCGUUCAACAUGGUCGCCGCGACCGCCGCCGCGCUCAACGCACUGCAGCCCAUGCGCGUCCCGGCCUUCGCGUUCGCGUGGCUCGAGCUCAUCUCGUACCGCGGCUUCAUGCCGCGCCUGCUCAUGCUGCCCGGCAACAAGGGCUGGCCGCACUUCCAGCGCCUUCUCGUGGCGCUGCUGCGCUUCCUCGAGCCCUACCUCCGCAACGCCGAGCUGACCGACCCCGUGCGGCUCCUGUACCGCGGCACCCUCCGGAUCCUCCUCAUGCUGCUCCACGACUUCCCGGAAUUCCUCGCCGAGUUCCACUUCCAGCUGUGCGACGCCGUGCCGCCCAGCUGCAUCCAGAUGAGGAACCUCAUCCUCUCGGCCUUCCCGCGCACGAUGCGCCUCCCGGACCCGCUCACGCCCAACCUGAAGAUCGACCUACUCCCGGAGAUCCGCCAGCCCCCGCGCAUCACGCCCGAGCCCGAGCAGCUGCUGCCGAAGCAGCUGCGCGAGGACGUGCGCGCGCUGCUCGCGUCGCCGCAGCCGGAGCAGGGCGUGCCCGGGCUGCUCCCGGCGCUCAUGCUGUCGCAGGAUGAGGCGCUGGCCAUGGGGACGCGGUACAACGUGCCGCUGCUGAACGCGCUGGUGCUGUACGUGGGCGCGGUCGCCGCGGCGGAGCCCCCGCCGGCGCGCGGGCAGGUGAAGCACGCGGGCGUGCUGCUGCGCCUGGCGACGGAGCUCGACAGCGAGGGGCGCUACCUCAUGCUCAACGCGGUCGCGAACCAGCUGCGGUACCCGUCGUCGCACACCCACUACUUCUCGUGCGUGGUGCUCGCGACGUUCCGCAACGCGCGCGAGACGAUCGUCAAGGAGCAGGUCACGCGCGUGCUUCUGGAGCGCCUGAUGGUCAACCGCCCGCACCCCUGGGGCCUCCUGGUGACGUUCAUCGAGCUCAUCAGGAACCCGGAGUACCGGUUCUGGCAGCACCCGUUCACGCACUGCACCGAGGAGAUCCGCCGGCUGUUCAGCUCGGUGGCGCAGCACAUGUCGGUGGGCCCGCCUGCGGGGGGGCAGGCCGCGGACGCCGGCAAGCAGCCGUCGCAGGCGCCGCAGCCUGCGUGA